AUGGAACAUCACGUGCGCUUAGCAAAGCUAGAACGUAUUUUUCUCACCGAGUUACGAUCUCAUACAGUUGGUGGUUUAUCUGGAAUGAUACUUACUGUAUCGGAUACAGGCAAGUCGGGGUUACAUGUUGACGGACCUGUUGGGACGAAAAAGUACCUGAAAGCUACUCGUCACUUUUUGUAUCGACCUCAGUUCGAAUUACAAGCGUCGGAAGUACUGCCACUUGCUUUUGUUCAUGACAAGAAGAUCAACAACUGUUGGUAUGAAGAUGAGGAAGUUGUCGUGCACGCAAUUGCAGUGGACAAACCUCGAACUGGAGCGAAACGAAAACUCCAUGAGAGACCGUCACGUUUGACACGUGACGAGAUAGAAAAAAACCACGUAAGUGUGAGCUAUGUAGUGGAAACAAGGAUACAAAGAGGCAAGUUCUUGCUCGAUCGGGCAGUAGCACUUGGUGUACCGAAGGGAAAGUUGUUUGGACAAUUGCACCAAGGAAAGGAUGUAACACUGCCUGAUGGUCGAUUGGUCAAGUCAAGUGAUUGUGUCUUACCUUCUAUACCUGCUGUAGCGUGUAUCAUUGUGACUUGCCCUACGACGAUGCAUGUUGAUGCAUUGGUGGAUAGUAACGGCUUUGAUCGAUACCGAGAGAUCGAAGGGAAAAGUCCACAAGUCCAGGUAGAAGUGGUGUUUCAUCUUGGAAGUGGCAAAGUGUUACGUUACCCCAAGUAUGCAGAAUGGGCACGUAGUUUUGGCAACCACGCACGACACGUUCUACUUGGACACGAUGCGUGUGCACAGAAGACGGUGUACCGCGCUUCAGCGAAACUGCAAGCGCAGAUGCACGCUGUGUUCCCAAACGCUUUCCCGUCGAAUGAAAAGCACGAAAUGGAAGAUACUGUUGUGCCUUUUUCACGUGCUGUGCCGGACGGCUCCUCCUUGCAACUCACUGCUGCUACUAGCGAUGAAAACCCAGACGCAGCAACAUCAAAAUUGAUUCUGGGCGAGGGUAUGCUGAAAUUUGUGCUAGCUCCUCGUGCUCGUCGUGGUUUCGACGCAUCGAGUUGCUGGCCACGCCUUGAUUUUGACCAGAUUCGUGAGAGCGUCACUUUAUCAGCGGCCAUUGUAGCGAAGGCAUGUCAGAAUUUAGAAGUGAACAACUUGGACGACGAUCUCAUUGACGGCCGGAUCACAUUCCUCGGCACGGGCUGCGCCAUCCCUUCAAAGUACCGCAAUGUCACUGGCAUGUAUCUUGAGCUGCCCAGAAACAAGAAAGGAGACACGGAUGUUGCUUGGGCGGGCUUGAUGCUGGACUGUGGUGAAGGAAGUUUGGGGCAGCUGUAUCGCUACGCUGGCGGUGAUAAAAAGCGCCUGCAAGAGCUGGUGAGCCGCCUCAAAUGUGUCUGGAUCUCUCAUAACCACGCUGAUCAUCACUUGGGUUUGCUUCGACUGUUGAGUCAUCGCACCGACGAUGCAAGCACGGAACCGUUGCUCGUGAUCGGGCCAACACCACUUCGCUUUUGGCUCAACGAGUACGCAUCCCUGGACCCUACGGUGCGUGGUAAGUUCUCGUUCGUAGAGAACUACAGUUUUGAUGAGAACGACUCGCGCUUUACAGACGUGAAAACUCAUGCGGAUGCAGCACGUGUUCGUGCAUGGCUACGAGAGACACUGAACAUUGCACAACUCGAGUGCGUCCCCGUGAAGCACGCACUCCAAUCGUAUGCGGUUGUGAUAACUUUCGUCGACGGUGCCAAGUUUGCGUUUUCUGGUGACUGCCGUCCUAGCGAUAAAUUGGCAGAAAAGGCGAUGAACGCCUUCUUGAUGGUGCACGAAGCUACUUUCGAGGACGAUUUGGCCCAGGAAGCCAAGGACAAAGCGCACUGUACGAUGGCUGAAGCUGUUGGAGUUGGCCGUCAAGCAAAAGCUCGUCACCUGCUGCUCACACACUUCAGCCAACGGUAUCCAAAGAUGGCUGUGCUCUCAACUUCCUGCGACGAAUCAUCUCAUGUGACUCCCAUGGAGGUGUUAACAGCUAUCGAUAUGCUGUCGCUGCGUUUUCGUGAACUGCGACAACCGCACUUGAUGGAAGUGUGCAUGCAGUUGAUGACGCUGGAUGAUGUUGAAGAGGAUGAUACCGAUGCAGUAGCUAGUCUCAAGGUACGACAGCGCAAAGAGAGGAAGAGACAGAAGGUCAUUGAACGCGGCGAAUAA